AUGCCGAAGAAAAGCAGCCCACGACGGGCAAAGAUCGUAAUUGCCAGAGUCGAGCACGAAAUUAAACCUAAGCCUCCAGCUCUAAAGAGCCCGUUCGGGUCAGAGUUAUGUGAAUCCGUCUUUCUUAACGACCUCCUUCUCGAUCGGAUCUGCUCUCAUCUCGAAAUCAAAGAUCUUACCUCGCUCCGUUGUACCACUCGAAAGUUCAAAGAGCAUUACGCAAGGGUCAUGAACUCUCAAUGGAGUAUCCACAAACAACUCUCCCACUACGUCGUUGACACUGAUCAAUUCAGAGCACGAAUGGGAAUGCAUAAUGUUUUCAUCACUGGUCAGAUCGCACUGCAAUUCUUUGAUCGCAAUAAGACCGGUGUACCAUUCAAACUACUAGAUGGAAGUGAUGCAGCAAUGGAAAUAGUAGCUAGCUCUGAAAAUCACGCACAAGCUUUCGCAAACUAUUUCACUGAAAAAGAGCUCUAUGUUUCUGAUAGAUUGGGCACUUGUAUGUGCUGUAGAAGGAAGGGAGGCUGUUCAAAAGUGAGACUCUAUAAAAAGGUUAAAGGAGAUGGUAGCAUCAGGCGCAUUCAGGUAUCAUUCCUUGAAAACGAGUGGUAUCUUAGAAAUGGCGGUGACCAUGAUUCCAUUGUUAAUGGUCUAUACACGACAGAUGCUCUCAAGCAUUCAUUGACCACGGCCCAAAUCAACUUCAUCACAUGGAAUAAAGCUUAUUGCCUAUUUCCAAACGCUCUAGCUGAGCACAAACUUGUCUCUCUCGAAACUAACGACACCGAUCGUGCCAAACCGAACUCUUCAUCAGAUUAUGUCAAACGCGGUUGGACAUUGGAUACGACGUGGAUUGCCGAAAUGGGUCGCAUUGAACAAACAAAAGUUGGUUUCAGAAGAAUUGGAGAUUCAAAAACUUGGAAGAUCAACCUGCCAAAACUCAAAGUACAUAGACGGGACAGAAAGUUGCCGGACAUUCUCAUAGAGUGUUCGAUCUUUGGCAUCCGGGCUCGUGAGAGAUCGGCUGGUCAUGAUGAUGAGCGUGACCUCUUUGAAGUGCAAGCAACUAGUGGCAUUUCAAAAAAAUACAAAUACAUCUACACUUCCGCUGUGCAUAAUCCACGCCGCUGCUGGAAACCACUUGGUUCUGACGUGAUGGAUUAG